AUGGAGGAGAACUGGCCUGAGCCAGAGAUGCGCAAAGCGUACACCACGGUCCUCUUCAUCCACAUCUACCUGGCGCCCCUGAGUCUCAUCAGCGUGAUGUACGGCAUCAUCGGGGCGAGGCUCUUCAGCUUCCAUGGGCCGGAGCGCAGGAGCUCUGGAGAGCUGCAAGGGGACAGGAGCUCCAUCUCCAAGAAGACGAUGAAGGUGAUUAAGAUGCUGGUCACUGUGGCUGUGCUCUUCAUGGUGUCCUGGCUGCCUCUGUGGACCCUGAUGAUGCCGAGUGACUAUGAGGACCUGGGAGAGGAGCGCCUCAGUUUCCUCGCCAGCUACAUUUUCCCCUUCGCUCACUGGCUGGCGUUCUUCAACAGCAGUGUCAAUCCCAUAAUCUACGGCUACUUCAACGAGAACUUCAAGAGGGGCUUUCAGGCGGCUUUCAGCUCCUGCCACUGCUCCCGGGAAACUGAGCAGCCGGUGGUCUUCUUUGAGAGAUCCAGGAAUGCCGUCUUCAUCGUGAGCAACAAGGUCUCAAGUGGUGAGUCGACGGAACAGAUCCGGGCACGGCAGGGUAAUGGGGAGCCAGCCCCAAAGCAAACACAGCCAAGGGUGAGCGGCAUUCUCUUGGAAGAUAUUGACAAGAUUACUACUGGCAAUCGAGUUAGCGCAGCCUGGGAGAAAUGA